UAUUCUGAAAUCCGACCACAGUGACUGAAUCAAGUGGGGAAUUGCAGCAGGCCAGACUCAGAGAUGAAAUUCCUGUGUUUUAUCCUAAUAUCCAUCUCCGUAGGUUGGGCAGAGGACAGUGGACUGAGAUAUGAAAAAGAAAAAGUUUGUGAACAGCUUCAUGGCAUGGGGAAGCAGAAAUUCAAAGGACUCUUCAUAGCCGUUUACAGCCAGAAGUUCCCCAACAGCACCCUGGAGGAGGUGACAUGCCUGGCAGACGAGAUGCUGAAGUUGGGCGAAAGGUGUUGUGUGGAGGGGGCCAGUGCAGACUGUUACGACAAAGGGGCAACAGAAAUUUCGGACAAAUCUUGCCAGGCCGACUCACCGUUUCCAAAACACCCAGGCAUUAUCAGGUGCUGUGCCAAGCAGGAUGUGCAUGAGAGGAAGAUGUGCCUGGCCUCCCUGCACUACUCCGCUGAGGAGCUGCCCUCCCUCCUGGACCCCACCAAUGAGGAGAUGUGCGAGCAGUACACGCAGGACCCGAUUGGCUACUCAUUCAGGUACAUGUAUGAGUUGGCUCGCCGGCACCGCAGUGCACCCACGGGGCUCGUGCUCAAUGCCACGGGAAGCCAACUGAGGAUGCUGGAGAAAUGCUGCAAACCUGCGCCCUCUGCCAUGUGCUUUUUCACUGAGAGAUUUCAAGGCAGACAUUUCAACAUUUUUCUGAGGUUCACAUCAAAUGUCUGCCACAACAACAUCAACCUGAAGUCAUACAAAACUGGCUUGACGGCGUAUUUUGGAUCCCUUCUGAAGAUUUCAUUUGAAAAAGCCCAGUCCAUGGCAAAAGACUUCCAAGAUGCUCUCUCAAAAUGUUGUUUACAACCAAACCAGGAAUGCAUCAUUCAAGAGUUCACUGAAUUCCAGAAGGGCCUCUGCGAUGAAUCGAUGCUGGGCACCAUGUCGGAGGAGUUUCAGAAAUGUUGUGGCAAGGCACCCAUGGACACACUGACAUGCAUUGAAAACCUGAAGAGGCAGCCUCAGACGCUUCCAGACAUCCAGCCCAUCUCACAGUCCCUCUGUCAGCCAGACAGCCCACAAGAAACGGAGAGAUAUUUAUUCCAGAUCGGAGCCAGGCAACUCACCACCUCUGUUCCAGUCAUCACAACAGCUCUGAACCAUGUAAAAGACAGAGUUGAAGCCUGCUGCUCAGACUCUGACAUCCAAACCUGCAUGAGUCAGAAGGAUGGAGAUGUUAAGAAAAUCAUAACACUGUUAUCUAAGGCAGAUGAAAAAUGCACACAGUACUUCAAACUUGGCAUGCCAGCUUUCAAAGUCAUGGUUGAAGCGGAGGUUCAGGGUGACGGAGACCAGGCAGCUGCCAAGGCGGAGACCCUGGUGGACUUGAGCUCGGCCUGCUGCUUUCAACACUCGCCAGCACAGCGCUGCCAGGCACUGACGGAAAAACUAAUUUCAUAUGACAAAGGAGCAGCCGUCUAAACCGUGACCAUCAUGCCAGAGUGUUUCUGCUGCUGAGUAUCUAAAACAGUGAACACUUUAAUGACUCUUAUAGGCUCCUGUUGUUGUUAAAUUCAUACACCUAUGUUUGAUUUACCAGAUAAUUGUCAGGAACAAUAUUUACAUGAAAUCAUCCGUUCCAUGUUUUCAAUACAUCAGGCUACAAGGGUCUCUUGAGAAUCAAGUGGACAUUAUGUCCCUCUAAGUCUGUGGAGCAUAAUGCAGUCUCAUUGAUAGGCAUAGACCUGUAUUGUUACUGUUGGAAGGCGAUCCUUUUUGCAUGCACAAUCUGAUCUCUUGAAGUAAAAUUAUGCUUAUAUUCUAUAUAUACGUGUGUAUAGCCUUCUGCUUUUAAGAAACAGUUGGAACUGAGAAUUAAAUAUUCUAUCUGAAGUGCA